GGAAAAGAGAAAUCUUCUACGCCGUCUCUCACUCUCCGUCUUUUUCCUUGCAUUGACGAGAACAUUUUCACCCACCACCACUGCCAAUCUUUGUACCGGCGGUUAAAAAAGACCACGCUCUCUUUAUCAGCUUAUCCACUUUAUUCAACUACGCAUUUGUGAGACAAGCGACGCAACUUUCGGGACUUAGCCUCCAACUACUUUUUCUUCGCCUUUGGACAUUUGCCUCCUCUUAGACACAAGGAAGUACUGUACUCUCGGGCUUUCAAUUUCCCCAAGGAAAACGACUUUUUUCUUCUUCCUGCGUCGUUCGGAGCAACCCCCCCGUUUUUAACUCACGGUCUGUUGGCCGCCAGACAUGAGACCCGAGUAGGGUUUCAGAAGAGCCUCCUAGGGAACGAUACUCGAAACAUUUGUCAGAGCCAGCUGCACAGAGCCAACUUUGUCUCUUGACCUGGCGGCACGUGUACAAUAAUCCGCACAUCAUGAAGUCCGCGGCCAACCUCUUCUACCUGUCCCUCUUUGCUCUCUGGUCACCGCAAGCCCGGUGCCAGAACCAAGAUGGCCAGGAUGACUCUUGCGCAAUUUCUCCAAAGGCCAUAGUAUCCGACGCCUGCGCCUCCUAUUCCACCCUCGAGGACCUGAACCGCAAGGUCAAACCCGCCGUUGAGGACCUGACGCUGUCGACCGACUUCUUCUCCCACUACAGGCUCAACCUCUUCAACAAGAGAUGUCCCUUCUGGAACGACGAGAAUGGCAUGUGCGGCAACAUCGCCUGUGCCGUGCAGACGCUAGAUAACGAGGAAGACAUCCCCGAGGUUUGGCGGGCGAGCGAGCUGGGCAAACUGGAGGGUCCUACGGUGAAACACCCGGGACGAGACGUACAGAAGAAGCGGCCUGAGCGGCCGUUACAAGGAAAGCUGGGCGAGGACGUGGGCGAGAGCUGCGUCUUCGAGUAUGACGACGAGUGCGACGACCGGGACUACUGCGUGCCUGACGACGAGUCUUCCACCGCAAAAGGCGACUACGUCUCUCUGCUCCAGAACCCCGAGCGGUUCACCGGAUACGCGGGCGAGGGCGCGCAGCAGGUCUGGAACGCCAUCUACCGGGAGAACUGCUUCCAGAAGAGCUCAUUCCCACACUAUGCUGCGCUAGGCCAGACCCCACCGGACCAGGGCGCCGCGGCUCUCGACUUCAAGCAGGUCAUCGAGGCCGCCGGUCGCCAGCAGAUGUUGGAGCAGUCGCGCGAACAGAGCCCCAACACGCCCUUUGUGGCUCACACAGGCCUCGAGGCCGAGGACGAGUGUAUCGAGAAGCGUGUGUUCUACAGGGUGGUUUCUGGCAUGCACACCAGCAUCAGCACGCACCUGUGCUACGACUGGAUGAACCAGACGACCGGCCAGUGGCAGCCAAACCUGCCCUGUUACAUGCACAGGCUGCACACGCACCCGGAGCGCAUCAGCAACCUGUACUUCAACUAUGCCCUGCUGACCCGCGCCAUCGCCAAGCUUGGCCCACACCUGCAGGACUACACAUUCUGCACGGGUGACCAGGACCAGGACGCUGCGACCAAGGCCAAGGUGCUGGCCGUCACACAGAACGCGGCCAGCGUACCGCAGAUCUUUGACGAGGGCCCGAUGUUCAAGAACGGCGAGGGCCCUUCGCUGAAGGAGGACUUCAAGAACCGUUUCCGCAACGUCAGCCGGCUCAUGGACUGCGUGGGGUGCGACAAGUGCCGGCUGUGGGGCAAGCUGCAGACGGCGGGCUACGGCACGGCGCUGAAGGUGCUGUUCGAGUUUGAUAACGACAGCAACGAGAUCCCCGUCCUGAAGCGGACGGAGCUGGUCGCGCUGUUCAACACGUACGCGCGGCUGAGCACGUCGCUGGACAAUAUCCAGCGGUUCAGGGAGAUGGCGGCCGAGAAGGAGAGACAGGAGGAGCAGCUUCUGAAGAAGGGCGAGUCCAUCAACAAGCUGUCAGAUCGAGCGCGCAAGCCACAUCAUGUCAUCCCGGACGAGAAGCCCUCGAGCAGGCCGGAGCCCAGCCUCAAGGAGAUAUGGGAUGAGGAAUUGCACAAUGUCAUAGUAGCCUUCAAGGCGGUGUGGAGGAGCUGGAUUGAAAUGCCCGGACUGAUAUAUACGAUCGUCUCGCAGGAAAUCAGCCGUCUGUGGAAGGGCUACAUUGGUCUCCCCGUCAAACCGAGAGAGUGGAAACUCGUGUGGCGGAAUCCUCGCGAUGAGCUGUAG